CUCCUCUUUGCACUUCCCAAACAGUCUGGCAGCACACUUCAUUCAACUAGCAUCUCAAAGAAACAUCCGCCACUGUGCUCUGCGACGUUUGCAUAAAUGCUUUGGAAGGGAUGUGGGACCCCACGCGAACUCCGCGGCUCGGUCUCGUCAAAGACUUCCCUCGAAGUUUUGCUGCUGAAGACUAUGUACCCGGCCUGCCUUUCGUGUUUGGGCAUCACAAGGACGAGCAGUCAUGGGAGGCUUCGCGCAGGCAGGGUUGUACCAUCUGUGCCCCGCAUUGUAGGGCCAGUGCGUGGGCGGCAGGCUCUCUCAAGAAGAUGGGGUUCUUCUCCGUCUUCCAUCUUGCUUUACACAGACUUGACCACGGCGAAGGUCCGAGGGUGGUUCUUAAUUUGGACAGUCGUAUAGCAUGCACACUGAUCCCAUUCCAGGACUGUUUGUCUAGCCCAGGUUUCAAUUUCAACAUCGGCGACGAAACCGGCGACGAGCGCACUUGGAGGACAAUAGAAAACUGGUUGGCUCGGUGUCGAACCACCCACGGCAACUGCGCCCGGGACCAUCGGCGGUCUGCGGCGUCGAAAUCAUUCCGGCCGACACGGCUUCUCGAGCUUACAACAGACCACAAAUAUCGGCUUGUGAUGGGAGACCAUUGCCAGCCUGCCCUCCAAUAUGCAGCACUCAGCCAUUGCUGGGGUCAGCAAGACACGGCGAGCCUUCUGAUGCUGGCACAGUCCACAGCCCCUUCUCUACAGAAUGGUCAGCCGAUCUCUUCGCUGCCGAAAACAUUCCGGGACGCCAGUGUUGUGGCACGAAGGUUGGGGGUCAACUAUCUGUGGAUAGAUCGACUCUGCAUCUUCCAGGACGAUGCUUCAGACUGGCAGCGGGAGGCUGCCACCAUGUGCGAUGUCUACCGGCACGCCUACUUCAGCAUCGCCGCGCUUGGGGCCAGAAACAGCGAUGGGGGUGCUUCUUUCGGCGGCAUCCGGAGCAGCUCCUGCCCACGCUUGUGCAAUUGAAGCUCGGAGAGCGACAACGUCAAACGAGCUUUGUGACCAGUAGCGACAUUGAACGUGCUUGGUUGGGCUUAUUCAGGGGAGAGCCCCUGAUACAAAGGUCUUGGGUGGUUCAAGAGCGUGUUUUGGCAGCAAGGAC